AUGCACAUCUAUGUUAAGAACCCGACUGGCAGGACGAUCUGCCUCAAGGUCCAUGCAUCGGACACCUUGUACAGCGUCAAGGCCAAGAUCCAAGAGCAGUACAGCCUCGUAUUCAACGGGGAGAAGCUACAGGACAACCUCACGCUGGCCGAUUAUGACAUCAAGCAUGAAUCCAGGAUAGACCUCCAGGAGAAGAUGCAGAUCUUUGUGAGGGAGACACAGACGGGUAGGACCAUCCCUCUCGAGGUCGACAGCCUCGACACCAUAGGCACCGUCAAGACAAAGAUCCACUACAUGGAGGGCUUCCCCACAAACCUGCAGUGCCUCAUCUUUAAAGGCAAGCAGCUCGAGGACGAUGAGCGCACGUUGGCCGAGCACAAUAUACACAAGGAUUCCACGAUCCUUCUCGUCCUCCACCCACGCCCCAGAGGUGGGAUGAUCAUCUUCGUGAAGAUGUUGAUAGGGAAGACCCUCACUUUCGAGGUUGAGAGCUCAGACACUGUCGAGAGUGUCAAGGUGAAGAUGUACCAGAAGGAAGGUAUUCCUCCGAUACAAACACGCCUCAUCUUCGCCGGCAAAGAGCUGGACGACAAGCGCACCCUGGCGGAGUACAAGAUUCAGAAGGAGGAUACCCUUCAUCAUCUGCUCUGCCUUUGUGGUUGUUGA